AUGGCAGAGCUACAGCAGCGCGCGUUCGCGCCCGAUCGGAAUGACGAGAACGAGGCCGAGAGACGUCUGUACUCGAACAUACUCCACAAUGCUGUAAGGAAACACCAAGAGGCCUUUGUGGAGAUCCAGGCGGCGAUGACCGGCUACGCAGCAUGUAACAUUCAAGCUGGAAGUCCUAUCCAGAGAACGCUCACCUUAGGCAAGGAUGAGCUGUCAAGGAAACGAGCGCUGCGCUCGGUGAAGGCCUUGAAGUUGCAAGACGCUCGCGAUUUUUUCAGCCGACGACUGUCCCACUUGAACCCGUUGAAGUCGAUGUCCGAGGACUAUCGAUUUGAGAGCGACGAAGGAGACUACUGGGCUGUCCGGUUCGCGACCUCGCAGUUCGAGCCCGCUCAGAACGUCAAGCAAGUGUUCGACCUCGUCGUUUACUACCUGUGCAACAUCGAGAUCAGCGUCUCGGAGAAAAUGGGCCACCUCACAGUUCGAGAAGACGACGACAACAGCGAAGAAGGCAUCACGCAGAACCGCUUGGUGUCCUUGACCGGCAAGGGGCUUCACAUGGAAUCCAACACGGUCGUGUUCUCAGAAUAUUUUGGCGCGACUGGGCCGGAUCAGCACGAUGACUAUGGGCUAAUUGUUGCUGACUUUGUGGACGAGGACGAGAGGCACCCGUACAGACCGGCCGAGCGCAUCCGCAAGGACGUCAACACGGUGAUGGAGGUGCGUUCGUACACUCGGCGUUCUUCUCACAGCGGAGUUGAUGAAAAGGUAGUCGUUCUGACGCGGUGGUCGCACUCCCGACUACGCCACCCAAACUUCUCCGUCCGCAAGGACGGGUGGUACGAGCUGCGUGAGAACAUGGAUCGCUGGAGCCAAAACAUGCACAACACCAUCAUGGAGAGCUUGGACCCGAGCAACCAUGGACCACCUACAUGGGGCUAG